CGUAUCGCGGCUCAGUUCGUGGCCGCGGCUCAGCCAGUGUGGUUCGGCAUUUCGGCAGUGCUUUCUUCCUUCCAAUUCCUCGCCACCUGUUCCUCUCUCUCUCUCUCUCGCUGCGCACACACUACCUGUGUGUCCGUCUCAGUGUGUUGCUCAGUGGAGUGUUUGGUGGGGUGCCCUUUGCGGCCCGGUACCGCUUCUUCCCAUCGUCUCCACCAAAUCGCCGACCGGGGUGACCGCGUUAGUGUGAUAGAUUUGUGAGCGGUUGUGUAUCUUGCGCGGUGAUAGUGUGUGCACGUAGUGUGAGUGUGUUUGUGGUGGCUAAAUCAAACAGGACAAGCGCUUAGUGGUUGGCGGUGCGUGCACUGCUCUUCCUCCUCGAGUCCCGCAUUUCCGGAGUAGGACCGGCACCAUUGGCUGAUCUCGUUGCGAACCAAACGCGCCAAGCGGAAGUGAUCGCAUCGCCGCCUCGGCAAUGGCGGCCGUAAGGUGCAGGGUAGCGGCGGCGUCGGCACUGCUGCUGCUGCUACUUCUAGCCGCCAGCGGUACGGAUGCAGCCAGCAAACAGCCGUCCAUCGUGGAGAGCGAGAGUGCACGGGACAGCGACCUGGUGUUCGAAGAUGAAAAGCCAACCGACUCAUCAAACUUUGACAGGCUAAUGGAUAUGGAGAAUCAAGAAAAUCUUCGAUUAUUUGCCGCUCAAUCGAAGCCCACGUUUGACCAUUCCGACGAGUCGGUGGACAUCGGUGAGCCAAACGGGAGCGACGAGCUGUCCUACGUCUCGGACGACGUCGAGGAGUUCGGCGAGGACGACAAUGAGGCCGAAAAUGAGGCCGACAAUGAGGUUUCACUGCCGGAUGAAACGCCAAGCGAUGACUCCAGCCAGAGCUGGCUAGUGCGCAACGUGAAGCGCAUCAAGCGCAGUCUGGACAGCUUGUGGAGCGGCUCACAGCCAGCCGAAGCUGACCGCAGCAACGGCACCAAGCAUGGCAAGCAGAAGAAAAAAGCGAGCGCCCAGGAAAAGCCACAGAAGCUGAAGAACAAAAAGAAAGCGCAGCUAACGAAAGAAGAGCGACAGCUGAGGCGCGAGCAGAAGCUGGCAAAGGAUGCUGCUUCGGUCACGCAAACGACAACUACCCGGCGGUCCGGUUCCGGAGUGCAUCAGAAACAACCGGCGGCUCACAAUGCGAUACCGGCCGUUGGCGGUAAGUCGAGCAAGCUCGGUGGCAUACGUCCUAAGCGCCAGUACGAUACGUUCGCCGACUCCGAAGGCAGCGGUUUCGAAGGUUCCGGUGAAUCGGCACCCGGAGAAGAUACGUGGACAUUCUAUAAAAUGACAAUCACGCUGGAUGAACCGUUCCACAGCAGUAUGCGCGAUCCUCGUCAGAAUGCCGAAAAGCUAUCGCACGUCAAUACACUGGUGAAGAACCUGAUCGAUGAGGCACUGCGGACGGACUUUGUGGUGACAGCGAAACGCUUUGACCCAUAUCCGUCCAGCAACCAGCUAACACUGGUAACGCUCGAGCUGAAUGCACCGAAAGACUUCAACCUGGACGAAAUGGAGGAUAGAAUCCGUUCCCAGCUUGAGAGCGGUCACUACGAAUUGCGCCCGGACGGUCUUUCCCUAGUGCUGGCAGAUGACACCGGUGUAGAUGCUGACGAUCUAGGCAAGGAUGAGGUAAUUCUUGAACCCUUCCCGGCUCUGUCCCGGGAUCCCGUCCGCGGCCCCGCCCGCGACCCCGUCCGCGACCCCGUCCGUGACCCCAUCCGCGACGAUGAAGGCGACGAGGAGGAGGACGAUGAGGAGGACGAAGACGAGGAUUACGCUACCGAUCGACCGAUCGGUGGCCCGAACGACGUGGAUGACGUGGAGCCGACCACGGUGCGGGCUCGUUUCGGCGAUUACGAUGCGGAGGAAACGCAGGAUCUGUGCCGGGGCGACGACAAAGUGCGGUGCGGCAAGACGUCCGUGUACAUUUGUGCGGUCCAGUGGUGUGACGGCCGACCCGACUGUCCCAACGGCGAAGAUGAAAACGCACCCGAGUGCCAAAAGUGCGAAAAGGACGAGUUUUCAUGCGACGGAACCAGAUGUGUAUCGCUUGCGAAGAAGUGCGACGGCCAUCGUGACUGUAGCGACGGACAGGAUGAAGCCGACUGUCCCUCGACGGAAUGCACUCUCAACGAGUUCACUUGCGAUGAUGGUCGAUGCAUCGAUCAGGACAGACAGUGUGACGGUGUGGCGGACUGUUCACGAGGCGAAGACGAACAGGACUGUGGAAUUGUUGAAUGUGAUGAAUCGCGCGAGUUCCUGUGCCAAGCGGAUAAUACCUGCAUCCAGAAGGAAGCCUUUUGUGACGGCAAUCGGGACUGUUCGGAUGGCGAGGAUGAAAAAUGCGAAGCCCAACGGGACAAGUGCUCGAUCUACGAGUUUCAGUGUCGAUGGGAUAAAAGAUGCAUACCGAUAGAGAAGCGGUGCGAUAAGGUGUACGACUGCUUGGACAGAACCGAUGAGCAGGUCUGUGACUGCACCGCGCACGAGUUCCGAUGUGACAACGGAUUCUGCAUCCCCAUGUACCAGCGUUGCGAUCGCGUUAACCAUUGCAAUGACCGCUCGGAUGAGCGGGAAUGUAACUUUACAAGUCGAUGCAGGGAACAUGAGUUCCAUUGCAAUAAUGGGAAUUGCAUCCCGAAGGACGACAUGUGCAACGAUAUUGACGAUUGUGGUGAUAAUUCCGACGAAACCGACUCAGUCUGUGGCGAUUAUACCUGUAUGCCAGACGAGUUCACUUGCUACGACGGGGGCUGCGUGUCCAAAGCGCUCGUGUGUGAUGAUCGGAAAGAUUGCGAAGACGGAACGGAUGAAAUGGACUGUGACAACAACCCACCCAUCAAAUCACUGACUCGCUGUGGCCAAGGUCAGUUUGAAUGUAACGACGGCAUUUGUAUUGCGGAUUACAAACACUGCAAUGGCAUUGUAGACUGCCACGAUGAAUCCGACGAGACUGGCUGCAAUUCGGAUCCCUGUAGCUCGAACGAGUUCUCGUGCGAUGGCCAAUGUUACGAGAUGCAGGCCUACUGUAACGGCGUUCCCGAUUGUUCGGAUGGCAGCGAUGAGCGAAACUGUGCCAUUUGCUAUGGUGAUGCGUUCCAUUGCAAGAACAAGCAAUGCAUUUUGUCGGUGCACAUCUGUGACGGGGAGCCACACUGUAGCGACGGUAGUGACGAGCUUGAGUGUAACAACAAUACGAACUGCAAAGUGUUCGAAUGGCAGUGUAGAAAUGGCUUUUGCAUAAACAAGGAUUUCCGCUGCGAUGGUUCAGUCGAUUGCACUGAUCGGUCCGAUGAGGAGGGCUGUUAUGAUGAAGAACGGCCCAGCGAUCCCUGCCGCGAGGAUGAAUUCUACUGUGAUGGACGAUGCUUCGAAGAGGAUCGCCGAUGUGAUGGUCGUGCGGAUUGUACGGACGGAUCGGACGAGCACGAUUGUCCGACGUUGCCGUUAGAGCGUUGCGAGGAGCUUCAGUGUCCCGAUGGUAGCUGUUUCCGUCAUUCGCAGCGUUGCGAUGGAGUAAGCGACUGUGCCGACGGCUACGAUGAGCAGAAUUGUCCUUGCCGAUCCAAUGAAUUCACUUGCGCAGAUGGUCAGUGCAUUCCCAACUAUCUACUGUGCAACGGACGGCCGGACUGUGCCGAUGGAUCUGACGAGCGCAACUGUUCUUGUGCAAGAAACGAAUUCCGUUGCCGGACUGGCCAGUGCAUCGAUGAACUUCGUCGCUGCGAUCAACGUAUCGAUUGCGUGGACGGAUCAGAUGAAAAAGAUUGCACGCGGAUCUGUCGAUCCAACGAAUGGACAUGCCACAGUGGUCAGUGCAUCCGACUCGACCAACGUUGCAAUCGUCGCUACGAUUGUCAGGAUCGCAGUGAUGAGAUGAGUUGUACUAGCUGCGGUCCGAACAAAUUCCGGUGCGAGAACGGUCCUUGCAUUGCAAUGGCGUUAAAGUGCAACGGCAGGGUAGACUGUCCGUACGACACUAGCGAUGAGCUUGAUUGUACCGAUGAAUUCCAGUACGCCCCGCCUCCACCGUUCGAUCAACCGAGACUGAACCUUAAAACCUACCCGGAUGAGCAAACCAUCAAGGAAAAGGAAAUUGUGGAGGGCAACGAGGUCGUUUUCCAGUGCCGUGACGAAGGCCCGAUGCACGCCAAGGUUAAGUGGGUUCGUGGAAAUGGACAACCGCUACCACCCGGCACGAGGGACAUGAACGGUCGUCUGGAAAUACCGAACAUUCGGAUUGAUCACAACGGUGAAUAUAUUUGCGAAGCGGUCGGAUACCCUAAAUCGACUCCUGGAAGCAGCAAAGUGGUGCAACUGACCGUCGAACGAUUCCACUACCAUCAACGGCCACCGACAGCGUGUGGCGUGAAUGAGGCCACCUGUAUGAACGGAAACUGCAUUCUGAAGUCGCAGAUCUGCGACGGCCGACAGGACUGUGCCGACAAUUCGGACGAAAACGGGUGCAGCCAUAAGGACCAAUGUGAACCGAACCAGUUCAAGUGCCGCAACCGCAAGUGCGUACUGAAGACGUGGCUGUGCGAUGGUGAGCAGGACUGUGGGGACGGUUCCGAUGAGGAGAACUGUGCAACGCUGCCACCAAACGCACCGUGCCGGCACGACGAGUUCCAGUGCCGGGACGGCCAAUGCAUCCCGAAGUCAUUCCAGUGCGAUACUCAUCCCGACUGUCAGGACAAAUCGGACGAAGUUGGCUGCAUGGCUCCGGCUGUAAUUCAACCACCACCACCAUCGCUAUCGAUCAUUGCUGGCGGUGUGCUGAAUAUCACCUGCCGUGCUACUGGUGUGCCGGUACCGCUGAUCGUGUGGCGACUGAACUGGGGACACGUGCCCGAAAAGUGUACCUCGCGCAAUGACCAGGGCUUCGGCCGGCUGACCUGCGAGGACAUGCAACCCAUCGACUCCGGUGCGUACUCGUGCGAGAUCAUCAACACGAUGGGCACACACUUUGUGUCGCCGGACACGAUCGUGAUCGUAACGGGCAGUGGUCCUGUUUGCCAGCAGGGCACAUUCAACAGCCAGGCACGCAACCCGUCCGACUGCAUCAACUGUUUCUGCUUCGGUGUUACGACCUCCUGCAACAGUGCCGACCUGUACACGUACGCGCUGAAACCGCCUGUGUCGUCGCUGACGAUCGUCGGCGUCGAAGGACCGUGGAGUGGACGCAGGGAGUUGGUCGUGGGCGAGUUUGAGAAUCACAAUCUCACCGCCCAGCGUCACGGAGUACAGCUGCGCCUAACGAACCUUGUGCCGGGACGACGGGUGCCGUACUACUCGCUACCGGAGGAGUACAAGGGCAACCAGCUCAAGUCGUACGGUGGAUCGAUUCGCUACGAUGUCGAAUAUGACGGUACCGGACGUCCCGUAAAUGCGCCGGACGUAAUUCUUAAGGGCAACGGAAUGAGUUUGGUGCAUUGGCACAGUGGCACAUUCUAUCCGGACAUCAAGAACCACGUUUCCGUCAGCCUGCUGCCGGGCAACUGGGUACGCCCGGACCGAUCGCCGGCCACUCGCGAAGACAUCAUGAUGGCACUGGCGAGUAUCGAAAGCAUCCUGAUACGCAUGCAGUACGUGGACGGCAUCGAGCGUAACAUCGAGCUGGUAAACGUUAUGAUGGAUUCGGCUGCCCACGACGACCGUGGACUGGGCUCGGCCUCGCUGGUGGAACAGUGCCGCUGUCCGGCCGGGUACCGCGGGCUGUCCUGCGAGAGCUGCGACUAUGGCUACGUGCGCCAAAACAGCGGACCCUGGCUGGGGCGCUGCGUGAAGCGUGAGAGAGAAUGCCAGCCAGGCUACUACGGUGACCCGAACCGCGACAUUCCCUGCGCACCGUGCCCCUGCCCGGUGGCGGGUGAGAAGUCGCGCGCCCGCUCCUGCUACCUGGACAGCCGGGACAAUGUCGUGUGCCAGUGCGACCGUGGCUAUACUGGCGAGCGGUGCAUGGAGUGUGAGGAGGGGUACGUGGGCAAUCCGCUCGGCGAGGGAUGCUUCCCGCGCCCGGUAACGAACUGUAACGCGCUCGGCACGGAACGCAUCGGCUCGGACAGACGGUGCUACUGCAAGCCAGGCAUCGAAGGAACGUACUGCGAUCGAUGCGCCGCGCAACACUUUUACAUGCACGAGAAGGGCUGUGUCGAGUGCUUCUGCAUGGGGCUGACGAACGUGUGCAGCAGCACCACCUGGGUUCGCGAUACCAUCCACGCCUCGUUCGCGGACGGCCGGUCCGGGUUCUCGCUCAUUUCCGACUACACCAACCCGUCGAUCGUGGCCAACGCGCUGCCCGUGUCGAACCGGGAGAUCGUGUACCGCAACUUUGGCGCCAGCGAUGACACCUUCUACUGGCGGCUGCCCAACCAAUUCUUGGGCAACAAGCUAACCUCGUUUGGCGGCCAUCUGAACUACACGCUGCGCUACACUCCCCACUCUUCGGGCGGUAUCUCACGCAACAGUUCUCCGGACGUCGUGCUGCAUAGCGGCAACAAAAUUAAGCUGCAUCACUAUCGCACCAACAGCCCCAUUUCUCCGUACGGCUCGAACACCCACUCGGUGUCGAUAGUGGAGGACGAGUGGCAAAACUAUGAGGAUGGCAAUGCGGCCACGCGAGAGUACCUGCUGAUGGCACUAGCGAACGUUAGUGAUAUCUUCAUCAAGGCAACCUACAACACGGUUUCGAACGAGGCAGCCCUGUCGUACGUGAGUCUGGACAUUGCUCGCGACUCACCGUACGCGACUGGCGCCCGGGCCUGGCCGGUUGAGCAGUGCCAGUGUCCGACCGGUCACAUUGGGCUGUCGUGCGAGGAUUGCGCGCCCGGCUACUACAAGGGCGACCAGGGCAUCUAUCUGGGCAUUUGCGAACCGUGCGCCUGUAACGGCCAUUCGGAUGAGUGUGACCCGCAGACCGGCGCCUGCAUCAACUGCCGCGACAACACGUACGGCAACAACUGCGAGCUGUGCCGCCCACCGUACGUUGGCAAUGCGACCGUCGGCUCGCGCUACGACUGCACGCUCAGCCAGCCGGACCAGUCGUUUGACUGUCGCGAGUGCGACGUGCGUGGCUUUACCGGCAACUGUCAGCGGGGCUGCGAGUGCAAGCAACUGGUCGAGGGCCGUCGGUGCGACCAGUGCCGCGAAGGUUCGUUCGGUCUCGGCACGCAGCACGAAACGGGCUGCGUGGAGUGUUUCUGCUCCGGCGUGACGAAAUCGUGCGGCAGCUCCAACCUGUACCGCGAGGAGCUGCCCGUCAUUGUCGACGCGUUCGACAACACGAUCACGCUGACCGAUCGGGAGGGUACGCUGCUGGAGAGCAGAAACUUCGCCAUCAACCCGAGCAUCAACGAGAUCAGCUACACGUUCCGCGAUCGGGAAACGUACUACUGGAGCCUGCCGAACCUGGUGCUGGGCAAUCAGGUCCUCUCGUACGGUGCGAAUCUCACCGUCACGCAGUACGUCGAGGGUGGCCGUCCGCUGGCUGAUCAGGACAUCAUCCUGAUCGGCAGUGGUAUGAAGCUGGCCUGGUCUCGCGAGUACUACGACGAUGGUACCUACGCCGUACCGCUGGUUGAGCACAAUUGGAUCGUUAUCAACCGCCGAAACUCGUACCCAGCUUCUCGAGGUGAUAUGCUGACCGUACUGUCGAACUUGGAGCACAUUCUGAUCCGUGCCACCACCAAGGAAUCCACCUCGGUGUCUAGACUGAGUGACAUUACCCUCGGCACGGCUAUACCAACGCGCACGCCCUAUCCGGCGGUGGAAGUAGAAAUGUGCCGCUGUCCUCCGGGAUAUCGUGGCACUAGCUGCGAGCAAUGUGAGGAUCUGCACUAUCGAGACAUUUACGAUCGAUCGGCCGGUUUACUCGGUGCCUGCAAGCCCUGCCCGUGCAAUUACGAGAAUGCCGACUCCUGCCAGAUGGACAACCGCGGUGUCGUUGUGUGCAACUGCAGAGAAGGGUACAGCGGUGACAAUUGUGACAACCGGUUACCUAAACGUCCGAGACCGGCUAACAAUAGGGCGCCUACCAAAGUUGACUGCACAAAAAAUGCCUUCGUGUUCACGUCAAAGAACGGUAUCUUCAAUCAAUACCAAAAAUGUGAUACAGAGGGAGUGGAGAUUGGCGUAAUGUACAAGAGCAAGCGAUCGAACGAAGAACUCGACACUCGUCCAACUGUACCUCCACGAAACCCGGUAAUCGAAGUGGUCAUCAACGUACCGUCGAUUAAGAUCGUCGAAAUUGGCGAAGACUUCCGUGCCGACUGUACAGCGCAUCACGUCGUAUCGCAGAGCCCGAUCGAUGUACAAUGGACGCGCAAGAAUGGACGCCUGCCGGACAGUGCCUAUACGGACGGUGGUACGCUAGUGAUUACGAACAUCCAAAUUAAGGACGGUGGUUUGUACGUGUGUAAGGCGAGCAGUGGUACCGAAGUCGUCUACAAGCAGGUCACCAUCAACGUCAGCAAACAAGGAUCCGCCAAGCCGACAGUGCUGCUGUCGCAGCCAUUCAUCGACCAGGACGAGCAUCUCUCGGCCGAAGUGCUCUGCACUGCCACCGGCUAUCCCACACCCACCAUUACCUGGGAACGAGUCGAUCAGCCCCUACCAUACCACGCAGUCACCGAACGUGGACUGUUGCGUUUCAGCGCGCUGCGACAGCAGGAUGCUGGCACGUACCGUUGCGUUGCCCGUAACGACGUCGGUGAGUCCGAUACCCUGCUGACCGUGUACGUACGGCCAGCGGUUGGCCCAACCCUGCCGCCAUCCUAUCCCACGGAGAUGGAGCGUGUAGAGAUCUCGCCGAGCAGCUUCGACGGACAGCCGGGUGAGGUGAUCCGGCUCAUCUGUCGCUGCUCGCCGACGGCCCAGGUUGUCUGGAGCAAGCUGGGAGAGCGCCAGCUGCCCAGCAACGCGGACGUGCGCAACGAAAUGCUCAUCAUCGAGCACGCAUCGCAGGAGAACACCGGUCGGUAUAGCUGUACCGCGUACUUCCCGAACGGACGCACCAAGACCUCCACGGUGGAUGUAGUCAUUGCCGAUAACAAUGUGCUACCACCGUCGAACAAGGUGGCGCCACGAGUGAAUCCACUGAACAAAAACUACGUCGUACUGCAAGGGGCCGACUUUUCGCUUUCGUGUGAAGCCACCGGCACACCGUACCCAACGGUCAAGUGGACGCUUAGCGGCAAGACGUUUGAAAGCAACGUCCAACAGAGCGGCAACGUGCUGCGCAUCUUCAACGCCCAGCCAAGCAACGGUGGCGUGUACAUCUGUGUCGCCAGCAACGAGGAGGGCAUGGAUCGUGCCUACACCGUUGUAGAAAUUGAUCGUCGGGAAAAGCCUGUCCUCGAGAUCUACCCGAGCGAACCGCAAACGAUUAAGGUGGGCGAAUCGGUGCGUCUGAGCUGCCGGGCUUCGGCCGGCGUCCCGUACCCAUCGAUCACCUGGGUGCGCAAGGAUCGUAUGCCGCUGUCAUCUCGCUUCACCAACGAUGCGGAAGGAGUUAUCACGCUGCGCGAUGCCUCGCUGGAAGAUGCGGGCGAGUACGAGUGCCGGGCGGAUAAUGCAGCCGGCUCGGCCAUACUGUCCACCACGAUCGAGGUGCUGCAACCUCCGAUCAUUCGGCUGCAACCGAGCGAGAGCCACAAGAUCACGGAGAACGACGAAUUCACCAUCCACUGCUCGGCGACCGGCAAACCGGCCCCGAUGGUAACGCUGCUACCACCGCCGGGUGCCUCACGGUCGCACCUGCGCCAGCAGACCGAGGGACUGCGCGAGGUAACGCUGUACCUGCACCAGGCCGAGCUGAACGAUGCCGGCACGUACGAGUGUACCGCCAAGAAUGCGGCCGGCGAAGAUUCCCAGUACCUGUCGCUGCAGGUGGACCCGAAACGGGGUGACGUUGGACCGCACGACGACGACGACAGGCCACCGUCGUACUAUCCGCCGCGUCUGCCACCGACACGGCCGCCGGGCCCUUCCUCGCAACCGAUCGCCUACACCUACAAGGCCAUUCUCGGCGAGCAGGCGCACCUGAUGUGCAACGAGGAGUUCCGCAGCACCCGCACCGAAUGGCGCCGCAGCGACGGACGCCCCCUGCCGUACGGGUCGAUCGUGCGCGGCGGCAAUCUGACGAUCGAGAGCACCGGCCACGAUGCGGCCGGCAUGUACGAUUGCGUCACCUUCCCGUCCCCGUCGCAGCCGGUCACGAUAGUGCGCAUCAUGGUGGAGGUCAUCUCGCUGCCCAAGAUUAGCUUCAGCCCGCAGAUGCCGAUGACGGUGCGACCGGGCGACGCGGUGGACAUCCUGUGCAACGUCACGAGCGACGUAGCGUACGAGGUGAAAUGGCACCGCAAGGAUAACCUGCCGCUGCCGCCGACGGUGCAGGCGUACGGUAACUAUCUGCGGUUCAGCAGCAUCGCGCCGGAGGAUGCCGGUCGCUACUACUGCCACGUCCGGAACCAGUUCGGCGAGACGGAGAAGGCCGCCGAGGUGGUCGUUAACAAAAAUGAGCUCAUGCCGGAACCUCCAAUAGUGGGUAAGCGGUACCACCAGGCGUCUCUAGGUGCGGCGAUACGCUUGGACUGUAAGCUGCCGGCUGGUGCACCGUACGUCAACGUGCGGUACAACUGGAAUCGCCUGGAACGCACCCUCCCGCCAACGGCUAGGAUUGUCGCCAACGGUAGAGAGUUGCACCUGUUCAAUCUCGAGCCGGAAGAUGCUGGUACAUACCAGUGCGGCAUGUCCUAUCCGGACGGCACGGUCGUGUACGAUUCUAUAGUGCUAACGGUCGGUAGAGAUAGAUUGAAUGCUACCACCGGUUCGCCGACACCUGCGCCGGAACUGUGCGCGCCGAGCACGUGCGGCGAUGGCGUCCUGUGGCUUUGCCGCGCCAGUCCGUCCCGGUGCAAUGGCACCUUCUUCAUGUGCUGCGUACAGUACGAUCGGGCGCGGCGCGUCGGUGACCAAGAGCGGACGAUGGUGCCCCGGUUGGGACGGGCCGAUGAUACCAGACCCACGGUCAAGGAUGCUGCGACGGUGGCGGAUGUCCGGCGUCCGCCGCCGCACCGUCUUCUACCACCAACGCACCAUCAUUUCGCUCCAGAGUCGCUGCCCGUGCUGCAGCUCGAACCCUCCCGCUCGAUGGUACGACCGGGCGAGUCGCUCGUAGUGGAUUGCAGCUCGUCGGCCGGCACUGGUGUACCGAUCAAGUGGGAGAAAUCCGACGGAACACCGCUACCGUACAACAUUCACCAAGAAGGAAACCGACUGUACAUUCAAAAUGCGCGCGAAGAUGACUCCGGCACGUACACGUGCGUGUGCUUCACCGAGGACGGUUUGCGCUACGUUUCCGACUUCCAGCUGGAGGUGGAGGAGAACACGAUCUCGGAUGUGCUGCCCCGCAGUACGUCCCGGAUGGAGUUUGCCGAGCGUGGCACUACGGUGAAGCUGCAGUGCAACACGGACCUGUAUCCGACCACCUACCAGUGGUCACGCAUCGAUGGCGAGCUGCCCAACGAUAGGGAUACGCAUGGUUCCAUUCUAACGCUCACGAACGUGCAAGCCUCGGACGCCGGCAAGUACGUCUGCUCGGCCAAGCACGGCGGCCAGUCGGCGAACGUCGUCAUCACGCUGGUGGUCAACAACGUGAUCCCGUUCUUCCCGCAGUCGCCCCGCAGCUACAUGGAGUUCAAGUCGUUCGAUAACGUGUACUCCAAGUUCUACUUCGAGGUUUCCUUCAAGCCGGAAAAGAUGAACGGGCUCAUACUGUACGCGUCGCAGCGCCGCCCGAACCAGGACUACAUCUCGCUGUCGCUCCGCAACGGCUACCCGCAGUUCCGCUUCAACUUCGACGGCCAGCAGGUGGUGCUGCAGCCGGAGAAACCGGUGCACAUGGGCCAAUGGCACACGGUGAAGGUGAAUCGCGUGCGCAACAACGGUUUCCUGCUGGUGGACGACCAAACGCCGGUCAACUUCCCGGACAGGCUGAAGUUCUACGGCCUUAACCUGGACGAUCAUCUGUUCGUGGGCGGCGUGCCACAGUUCGACCAGGUGCCGGCGUCCGCCGUUGAGUACAAGGAAGGCUUCGUCGGCUGCAUCAGCCGGCUGAAGCUGAACGACCGGGAGGUACAGCUGUACGAGGACGCACUGGAAACGGUCGGCAUCACGACCUGCGAGCCGUGCGCCGACGAUCCGUGCAAAAACUUCGGCACGUGUCUGGAGGCGCAGACGGCCCAAGGGUACAGCUGCAUGUGCCGCGAUGGGUACACGGGCACGAACUGCCAGCACGAGGGCGACGGCUGCAGCGACGAUACGUGCGGCGUAGGCCGCUGCGAGGAGACGGACACGGGACCGGAAUGCUACUGUCCGGUGCACAAGACGGGCGACCGUUGUCAGUACACCGAACACUACACGGACGCAACGCUUGCCUUUAAGGACGGCAGCUAUGCAGCAUACGACAAAUUCCAAUCGAAACGAAGCAUCCGCUUCCGCUUCAAGCCCGACUCGCUGGAGAAUGGCAUAAUGUUCUAUGCGGCGGAGCACGAGCAAGGAUAUGGCGAUUUCAUGGCCGUGCUGCUCAACAAUGGUUUCGUUGAAAUACGCUACAGUGUAGCCGGAAGGAUGAAACCACUGAUCGUACGAUCGACCGUACCGAUCGAGGCGGGCCAGUGGCAUACGGUGUCUGCGGGUCGCACCAAGGCCGGUAUCGGCUAUCUGCAGGUCGACGAUGAGGCCGUCAACAACGAGAUGUCCAACCGCAACACGCCGAUCCUGCUGAAGACGAAGGUGUACGCCGGUGGCUACGAUAAGCGCCUGCUGCUCAGCCAAGAGAUUGGUGUCCGACGCGGUUUUGAGGGUUGCAUUGCCGAGCUGGAAACGUCCGGCAACAAGCUGAACAUGAUCGACGAUAUUCGCGACUCGGCGAACGUUUACCACUGUGGCCACGCGGACGGCCAUCAGCCGGAUCCGAUCGACGUCGAAAGCCCCGUCACCUGCCGGCCGGGCCGCGGCGGAUACGAUUGCGACACCGUUACCGACAUCUGUCUCGACCAGCGCCCGUGCGAGAACGGUGCGCUCUGCCAGACGCAUGCGGGCGGCCAGAACUAUACCUGCACCUGCGAGCCCGGCUAUCUGGGCCAGCGGUGCGAAACCCAGUACACGGACAUCGUCGCGUCCCGGUUCAGCGGCAACGGCUUCAUCGAGGUCAGCCCGAAGGCGUUCAAGCACAGCGAAAGCCAGAUCACGACCGAGUUCGCGAUCAUGUUCAGCGCGUACGAGCCGAACGGGCUGCUGAUCUGGUACGGCCAGCGCAACGGUGAGGAGUUCCUCGGCAACGAUUACGUCGCGCUGUCGCUGUCGAACGGCUACGUCGAGCUGACGAUCCGCAUGGACGGGCAGGAGUCGUACGUGCGCAACAGCGAUGUGUACGUGGUCGACAACGAGCGGCACGUGGCGCUGGUCCGGCGGGAGCGCAACCAGUUCCAUCUGCAGGUCGAUUCGCUGACGGUGCACGGUGAAACGCGCCCGACCGGCAAGCAGACGAUGGAAAUACCCGGCAGCUUCUACGUCGGCGGUGUUCCGGACGUCGAACGCGUUACCGGCAAUCGGUUCAACGAGAGCUUCAACGGGUGCGUCUUCUCUGUGGAGAACAAUGAGGGCAAGGCGAUCUUACUGCGCGACUUUACCAUCCGAACCGUCAACGUGGACGUGUGCGACGAACCCAAUCUAGGAACGGAUCCACCAGUGGUGUAAAAACAGAAAAAAGCAUACAAAAUAAACCAUCCAAUACUUCCAACGAGCGGAGGGAGGAGGAGGCUGCAGGAGCUUCUCGCUAUGGGGCCACCAACGAAACAGCGGUACCCACCUUCACCCAACAAAAGGAUGAACCGCUCUAAAGGGUGAUGUAAGUCGAGUGACAAAAUAACCAACUGCUCGGCUGAUUAAAGGAGGGAGUUGAAGAGUUAAGCAGGACUAAAAUGAACAGAAAAAUAACAUAUAAAAAAAAUACUAAAACUGUAUCGUAUACCUAUAGAGAAGCGCAAACGAAUGCACAGUGAAGAGAGGAAGCAAAAUGAAAACAAAAAAAAACACGCGUACAGUAACGAACAACGAAUGUGCCAAAUAAAUGUAGUAUUUAUGUAAAAAAAAGGAACAAAAAUUAAAUAACGAAAAGCGCACAGUCAACGCUCAAAUUCACGCGCUGAGAACAAGACAGCCAUAUUUGUUUGUUUAACACCACCACAUUGGUCAAUGCAAUAUACAUGAAGCACCACACACUCAGUGCACGGUGGCAGAGAACCACGUGGCGAUACGUGCACUAAGGUUUUUUUUAGCACUGCCAACUUUCGUUCCCCACAAGAUAUAAUGAUUUUGCGCUAUAAUGUUUUGUUUCAACAACACCUUCACACUGUGAUAGUGUACCGACCAUAGCAAUGUUAAAUAUGUUUCACUCACAAAACAAGUCAAACAAACCACUGCGCAGUGAUUGUGUUCAUCCGUUUAGACAAAUCGUUUAGGUGCAGUAUCUCACCAUCUUGUUGUUACUAGCCUUGUAAUCUUGGCCGCAUAAGCCAGUUUAUGUUUUGAGCAAGAAGUAGCUUCCUGCCGUUUCGAAAAGGUGGCGAGGAUACUUCUCUACUACUUCCAACUAACUGCCCGCUGUAAUGGUCUUCAUUUCUAUACACUAAGUGCUUUCGAUAUGUUAAAAAAACACGAAAAUACGAGCAAAACAGAUAGGAGAGAUUAAAUCAAACGAUGUUGAACAUAAUGUAGCCCUUUCACAAUACGACAAGCGGGCGUGAGGCGGCCUGUGCAACUGUGGAACAACCCGUAACUAAGCUAUAAUUUGUCACUCGUUUAUUUUCCUAUCAAUUAUGACAAUAAAAUGAAUAGUCAAUGUAA